AUGUACUUCCGAGCAGCCCUGGUUGCUCAAUUUCUCAUUGCUCUCGCGAACUCGGCAUCAACCCUGGAUUCUCUAACAUCUUGCCUCGGCGCCGCAUCCGUCGCCGUCGCUCCGUCUAUUCCCAUCGCCUACAACAUCCGUCUUCCGUACACGCCCCUCGCGGUGGCCGUUCCCACAACGACCGCGCAGAUAUCGUCCGCUGUGAAGUGCGGUGCACAGAAUGGCGUCAGCGUCAGCGCCAAGAGCGGCGGCCACAGCUACACGUCUUCCAGCUUCGGCGGGGAAGACGGCCAUCUGGUGAUCAACUUGGACCGCAUGUACGCCGUGAAGGUCGCCACCGACGGCACGGCCAAGGUACAGGCGGGUGCCAGACUGGGGCAUGUGGCUACGGAGUUGUACAAACAAGGCAAAAGGGCGCUCUCUCAUGGGACAUGUCCAGCCGUGGGAAUCGGUGGGCACUCUCUUCACGGCGGCCACGGCAUGGUCUCCCGGACGUACGGACUUACUACAGACUGGAUCAAGGGCGCGACCGUCGUCCUGGCCAACGGGACCAUCACAUACUGCUCCGCGACCGAGCGUCCGAACCUCUUUUGGGCGCUCCGCGGCGCGGGCUCCUCCAUGGUCAUCGUGGCCGAGCUCGACUUUAACACCUUUGCCGCCCCCGAGCAGGUGACAUACUUCGACAUCAGCCUCGCCUGGGAUGCCAAGAAGGCCCCGCAGGUCCUCCUGGACGCCCAGGAGUUCGCAAAGGGCAUGCCGGCGGAGCUGACGAUGGCUGCUUCGUUCAACAAGAACGGGUAUUAUUUCAACGGCGCUUACGUCGGCGGCCAAACGGCUUUCCAGAACGCCGUGCAGCCCCUUCUCGCCAAGUUGGGCGUCAAGGUAUCGAGCUCGAAGACGGUGGGAUGGAUAGACUUCAUAAAGCACUACUCAGGCACCGCAGAGAUUGACAUUACUACACCGACAUACAAUGAGCACGAAAAUUUCUACGCUUCGAGCAUUACAACGCCGUCGCUAUCGAAAUCACAACUGGAGUCUCUUGUCAGCGCCAUUGAAAGAACUGGUUUCGCCACAACCCGCUCCUGGUUCUUGCACAUGAACUUCCACGGAGGCGACUACUCUGCCAUCACGCGCCCAAAGCCCACAGACACGGCGUACGUGCACCGGGACAAGAUGCUCCUGUUCCAGCUCAAGGAUAGCGUCCCGCAGAGUCAGCAGUACCCCGGCGAGGGGCUUGCGUUUCUUCGAGGGCUCAGGGAGAGCAUAAGCAAGGGGCUAGCGAGCAGCGAGUGGGGGAUGUACGCGAAUUACCCAGACUCGGAAAUCGGCAGUGACGCACCGAGACUGUACUGGGGAAACAAUCUUCGGAGGCUAGAAUGGGUGAAGGCUGAUUAUGACCCCGACAACGUCUUCAGAGAUGCUCAGUCUAUAAAACCUGCAGUAUAG